AUGGCGCCUUCUGUCACGCUCGACCUAUCCUCAGAUUUCGCCCCGGUCGCUGCUCACCCCACCAAAGCCGCCGCCGGUUCUCGCACGCUGCUCGUGGCCCCACCCUCUAUAGCUGCGCACCCUGAAUCGCUCAACCGCAUAUUCGAGGACCAUGACCGCUCCACGACCGACUUGCAAAUGCUCGACCGCCUGGUUGUAGGCCUCGUCACCCUUCCUACCUCUACCUACGACGUCAUUCUCCUCCUGACCGAUGCCGAUGGCACACGCACCGAGAGCCAGAAGCUACUCGGCCGGGACGUUCUCAGCAAGCUCGUGGAUUCUCUAAGACCAGGAGGCAAAUUCCGCAGUGAGGAUGGCAAGUUCGGCGCCGAGGGAGCGGAGAAGACGGAAGCCAUUCUUGCAGGGCUUGUGAACCAAGACGGAGACGGCAUGGUCAAGCCGGAUAAUACAGCCGCCGAACAAGUCGUUCCCUUGCGCUUCGGAAAGAAAAAGACCCCCGCUGCGGAGAAUGGAGCCGUCCCGCUUCCACUGAACGGCAAGCGAAAGAGUAUAUCGCAGCAGCCUCCGCAACCGGCAGGCGUUGGCUUUGUGGAUUUUAGUGACGAUCUGGGCGAGCCUGUGGUGACCGGGGAGGACGACAAUGACGAUGAUCUGAUCGACGAGGAUGAUCUCCUGACUGAGCAAGAUAAAAUGAGGCCUGUCAUGCCUCCACCCGAGUGUCGUCCCAAGGUCGGCAAGCGGAGACGCGCGUGCAAGGAUUGUACUUGCGGACUUGCGCAGCAGAUCGAAGCGGAAGACAAGGCCAAGCGGGAGGAGGCCGACAAGGCGCUCAAUACCAUGAAGUUGGACACUAACGACUUGGCCGAGGUUGACUUCACGGUCCAGGGCAAGGUCGGGAGCUGCGGUAACUGCGCCCUGGGAGAUGCUUUCCGCUGCGACGGCUGCCCGUACAUUGGACUGCCUGCGUUCAAACCCGGAGAGGAAGUCCGGCUCCUUAACAACGAUAUUCAGCUGUAA